AAAUCCUUGAGUUGCUGCAUUCUCUCUGAAUGAUCUCACUGCCUCCUACAUUCCCAGUCAGUCCUGAGCAAGCAAAAGAGUAAGAUGCGAUGGUUUAUCGUAAUAGGGGUGGAAUUCAGGAGGGGUAUCUCUGUUUUUUGAAGUGAUCAUCGUUUGGAACUGCUGGGCUGUCUCUUCUGCUUCGUUUUCGGUCAUUUGGCAUUGACAUUAUGCACCACAGAGACCGUCUGGUGCGUUGCUAGAUAGGAUUGGAAAGGGUUGCCCCUUGCUUGCUAUCCCAAUCUUAUUUUUCCAGUGAUUGCUAUUUUGAAACGGAGGGACAUCUAAUCUGUCUGACCGUCCGGAGAGCAGGGAUGUCGACCCUUCUGAUAGAGGAGGAUGAGUAUUCAAGGCUGGUGAUGGAGUCCAGCCCGGAGUGGCUACGGGCAGAAUUAAAACGUCUGGCUUUGGAACUGGGCGAGACAACCCGGGAGAAGAUCCAGGCAGCCGAGUACGGACUGGCCGUGCUGGAGGAGAAGCAGCAGCUGAAGCAGCGCUAUGACGACCUCGAUGGAGAGUACGAGUCGGUGCGGCAAGAGCUUGAGCAGCUGAAGGAGGCCUUUGGACAGGCGUACUCCAAUCAUAAGAAGGUAGCAGCAGAUGGAGAGAGCCGUGAGGAGUCCUUGAUUCAGGAAUCUGCCUCCAAGGAAGAGUACUAUGAGAAGAAACUCCUUGAGUUACAGACUGAAAUGAAACAGAGCAAAAAUGUUGCAGCCAACACCCAGUCUGAAAAUGAUCGGCUAAAUUCAGUUACUCAAGAGCUGAAAGAGGCUAUUCAGGUUGUAGAGAUGCAGAGAAACCGAUUGCGAGAUGACAUCAAGGAAUGCAAAUUUCGGGAAGCUCGCCUACUACAAGAUUACACUGAGCUUGAGGAAGAGAACAUAUCCCUUCAGAAACAAGUAUCUGUCCUAAAACAAAAUCAGGUAGAAUUUGAGGGCCUCAAGCAUGAAAUCAAAAGACUUGAAGAAGACACUGUGUUUCUAAAUAGCCAGUUGGAAGAUGCCAUUCGGCUGAAGGAGAUAGCGGAACGGCAGCUGGAGGAGGCCUUGGAGACAUUAAAAACUGAACGUGAGCAAAAGAACAAUUUGCGCAAGGAGCUUUCUCAUUACAUGAACAUCAGUGACUCCUUAUAUACCAGCCAUCUGAAUUUCUCACUGGAUGGGCUGAAGUUUAGUGAUGACAGCACAGAACCUAACAAUGAUGAGAUGCUGAACAGCUAUGAGCAGAACAUGUUUAGCAAACUUGCCAACGACCUUAAGGUAUCUACGCCCAAAAAGAAUGAUUCUUUGCAGCCAGCACCAAGCCUGGUCAAUGACAUUCUGAGUGAAUUGAACAUUUCAGAAAUUCAGAAGCUCAAACAACAGCUUGUUCAGGUGGAAAGAGAAAAGGUAUCUUUGCUCACUACACUCCAGGACUCACAGAAGCAGUUGGAGAAUGCAAGAGGAGCACUGUCAGAACAACACGAGAAAGUCAGCCAGCUCACAGAAAAUCUCAACGCGAUGAAGAAACUGCAAGCCAGCAAAGAGCGUCAGUCUGCACUUGACAAUGAAAAGGAACGAGACAGCCACGAAGACGGGGAUUAUUAUGAGGUAGACAUCAAUGGGCCAGAGAUCCUGGAGUGCAAAUAUAAGGUUGCCAUGGCAGAAGUCGGUGACCUUAAGAAUGAACUUAAAACUUACAAGGACAAUUAUGAAGAGUGUGAGACGAGAUAUGCAGAGUUGAAGAGCAGAAGUGAAAGUGACAUUCAGGUGCUAACAGAGAAGAUUACAUUAUUGGAUAAAAACAGUAGACAGGACCGAGAUCAGGUUGUGAGGCUAGAAAAGGAAUUGAAGAAGGUGAGUGAUGUGGCUGGAGAGACGCAGGGAAGCCUUAAUGUGGCCCAGGAUGAACUUGUUACUUUCAGUGAAGAGCUGGCCAACCUUUACAAUCAUGUAUGUAUGUGUAACAAUGAGACACCAAAUAGGGUCAUGCUUGACUACUACAAAGAAGGUAAAGGAGCACGUAGCAGCCCAGAAGGCAGGGGUCGAAGGUCACCAAUUUUGUUGACUAAAGGACUGUUCCCCACAGAGCUAGGAAAGAUUGAUAAUGGAAAUGGAGACAUCCCAUCUCCAGUGUCAUCAUUGCCGUCACCUAUUUCUGAUCAUCGCAAGGAGCCAAUGAAUAUUUAUAACCUGAUUGCUAUUAUUCGUGAUCAGAUUAAGCACCUACAAGCAGCUGUGGACAGAACAACUGAGCUUUCUAGGCAGAGAGUUGCUACACAGGAACUUGGGCCAACAGGGGACAAAGAUAGAGAAGCACUCAUGGAAGAAAUUUUAAAACUGAAAUCUCUGUUGAGCACCAAGAGGGAACAAAUUGCAACACUAAGAACUGUAUUAAAAGCAAAUAAACAGACUGCAGAAGUAGCACUUGCGAACCUAAAGAGCAAGUAUGAAAAUGAGAAGGCCAUGGUAACAGAGACCAUGAUGAAACUUCGCAAUGAACUGAAAGCUCUGAAAGAGGAUGCUGCUACCUUCUCAUCCCUUCGUGCUAUGUUUGCCACAAGAUGUGAUGAAUAUGUCACACAACUUGAUGAAAUGCAGCGACAGCUGGCAGCAGCAGAAGAUGAAAAAAAGACCUUAAACUCACUACUUCGCAUGGCUAUCCAGCAGAAGCUAGCAUUAACUCAACGUCUGGAGGACCUAGAGUUUGACCAUGAGCAGUCUAAACGUGGUCGUACAAAGUCUACAUCUAAAGCCAAGAGUAGCAAUCCCCCCAAUGUAAGUCAUGUGAAAUCCUGUGCAGACAGGCCCGAGCGAGCAGUUCUUAACAACCAAGUGUUCUGCACUGAAAAGUACAAAAUAUAUUGUGACUAAUGACAGUGUGUAAACCUUACAGGAGUUCAUGAGCUGCAUUGCUUUAUAAUGCUGUAGUGGUUCACAUGCAUAGGAAUAAAGCCCCCCACUUAAUGUUGCAGUGAGUAACUUGUGUUGGUUUACUGUUAAGCCAUGUAGUACUAAUGUAUUACAGUGGUGUUAACUGUUGCUAGUUCAUAUGUAUGGGGGGAAAGCUAUUUACUGGGUUCUGUUGACAUAUGGAAUGCUGUUUCCAUGCAGUUUGCUUGGGGUUUACUGUCCAUAAGUAUUGAUUUUUGUGGAAGGAGUGCUUUAAAUAUGUCCUGCAUACCUUUUAGAGCAGGGCUUCAUAUACAAUAUGAUGUUAAUACUGUCUCACACCAGUGUCACAGCAUAUUGUUAGACUUACUUGUGGCAUGACAACUACAGUCUGUAGCAGUAACACAUGCAACAAGUCUCUUAAGUGCUGUUGCAUGGCUACAGUGCCUCAUCAGACAGCUGUCAUUCUAAACAAGAUUUUUGAAUGGGUUAAAAUAAAAAUCCUGUGGGUAGUGGUGUAAAUGAAUCUAGGACUGCACUGUAAGACAAACUAUAUACAGUACAAAACACUUUCAAGCUUGAAUGCAUAAAGCUAAAUUGUCCAGAGUAUGGUGGUUGACCAGAGGUCAUCUGCCUUACUGUCACUGACCAAAGUCUCAGAGAGUGAGCUGUGAUGGCUUGGAAUAUGCUGAUAGGAGGCCAAGUCGUUUUUGUCAUCCCUUGCCUUUCAGCUCCAGUUCACACUGCACUCUGCAGGAGUAGGGUUUAAUUUGGUAAUAACCUUGCACAUGUUUACAGAAAAAAAUUAUGCAAGUAUAUCCCAUCUUAAUGAAAGAUACCCAACAAAUUACAUACUUUUGUUGGUUUUAGCUAAUAUGCAGUUUUACAUUUUUAAAAAAAAUUGACUUAAUACUGUGAAAGGUAUUUUGCUUCCCAUCAGUGGAUUCUUUUAGCCUGGGUUGCCCACAGAAGAGUGGGUUCCCCACAGAAAAGUGUACAUGGCUAAAUUAUGUAUUAAAUCAUUCAUGUCCAUAUAGUUAAUUGGGUAGUUCUAUAUUCCAGUAUUGUUAAAAUCGCAUCACAGUGGUGUCAGUGUUAUUUUCAUGAACUUCAAUGUCUUCAGUGAGCCUGCAAAGUAAAAUUCUCCAAUACUGUUCAUCAUUACUGCAGAAGCACAGAUGACACAUGGCUCUACAUUAUGGUAGAAAAUCAAGUUACCAGCCUUGUUUCAAGGAAAGGCGCAUGAAACAAGGAACAAUGGUGAAUUGGCUACUUUUCUGCUAUAUCUGAACAGGAAGCAUUUGAGGGCUUUUUAGUAGCAACAUUUGCAGAUGUAUCUUAAAAGUGUACUUUAAUUGGUGCCUAUGCAGAAUAUCAACAGUAUUAUUUCAAGAGGAAUAUUUAAUUGGUGUAGCACACACACAGGCACAUUAUAUUCUAAAUGAGGACUUCUAAAGUGCCUGCAGGCUAAAUGGAUUUAAUGUAGAGCCCUGUUCUUAUAUCAGUACUAUGAUGAUGUUAACACUUCACAUUUUAUAAUGACGUAAUACAAGUCUGCAGUGCUAUCGUGGUGAUUUCUUCCCUCAAAUCUUCUGUUAUUUUUUCCAACUGUUGCCUCGUUUCACUACCAUUUCUUGUAGAUUGCCACCAGCUUGCUUCCUCUUCAUCGCCGCUCUGCCUAUAAAUAGUCAGGAGAUAAUUGUUAGUCAGGUAAUAUUGAUAUAGAAUGCACAACCUGCCUUUUGACUUGAGGAGAAUCGUUGAUUGAUUCUAGUCCUGCUUUUGCUUUUUUGUAUUGGGAACUGUAAAAAUGACUUGCAAAAUCCAAAACCAGAUUAUUGGGUCAGAUGUGAGCAAAUGGAUAUUCACAUUAUGCGGAUGUAUGCCUGAGUCCAUUUGUUUGUAACAAAAGUAAAGCGUACAAUAGAGAACACAUUCUAAAAUGCUGCGUUACAAACUGUCAUUUGUAUGUAGUCAAACUGUUUGCAAAAAUAUCAGCAUUUAAAUAUUGAAUGCUGAUUCAAGGAUGCUAAACUCUGUGACGCUGUUUGGAUUUCUCAAGUCAAAACUUUGAUCAUUAAAUGUCUUGCACAAAAUGUGUAAGUUAUCAAGGCUGUCUGAUUAGGUGUAAUUGUAUCAAUUAUCAUGCCAUUUGCAGAGUAGGUAGUAUUCUCCUGAAUGUGAGCUUUAACAUUACUAGAAAGCAGGGUUGAAUUAUAGCAAGAAUUCAUAAAAUAUACCUUCUGUUAUGUAAAGAAGGUAACAGGGGUUAACUAGAGACUAAAUUAUUUUCUAAAAAAAACUGAUGUCUAUAAAUAUUUUUUUAAAUGAUGUUCAAUCCUGCUUUUCUGUCUUAUGCUGCACAAUCUUUUAAAAGGCCUUUAUUCUUCCUCUCAUUUUUACAUUGAUAGUGAUCAGCGAAUGCCUGUCAUUUGAAAGAAAACAAAAAAGGCAUUUAAACAUGGUUUUAAGAGUUUGCUGUUAGAAGCAGCAACAUUUUGCUUCCACUUCAACAGGAAGCUUUAUGUAUUAAGUGACAGUUAUCUGUACUCUCACGUUGCAGUAAAAGUGCUGUUCUCAGAAAUAAUCUGCAAAAUUUGUUUAGUAAUGAAACUGAUGAUUGAUGUUUAAGUAAUUUGUAAUAAUAAUGUAUAUAUGUAUACAGUAUUUGCAUAUAGUGUUGUUAACCUCCAUAGACAGUGAUACAAACUAGACAAUACAGUAACCCUUUUGCCAAACAUGUGCCAGACCUGGAAAACAAAGUCUUGUUUAUUUAUAGUUCAAAAAUAGAACUAAUCCAGGAAAUGUAUUUUCCUGAUUUAUUUAGUAUCAAACUAAGGCAUAACUCAAAAUUAAGGAUCUGUUUGAUAAUGCUAAAGUUCUUUGGUGUUCGUCUUUUUAAUAUAUGCCUUUUUCCUCCCCACCUAGUGUCUUUAAGUAGAGGUGGAUUUAUUUAUUUUUUUAAACUGUUCACAACAUGUUCUGCUUAAAGGUAUUAUAGUCUAGCUUUCAUUUCAGUGUCUAUGGUUAAAACCAAGCCUGGGAAAUUGCUAAAGUAUCAGCUACCUCUGCUAGCUGGCUCUUCCUUCAGCUCUUCUGGGUAAUAGGACUGCAUUUCUGCAACAGCCUGCACGUAAUACUGACCUGCAUGUGUUUGGAGAACUUGUGCUUCACUGACAUUCUUGUUUUUACAUACUGUUGUUCUUUGUGCAUGAACAGCAUUGGGUCAUUCAACACUUGUGAGAAGUCUGCAUCCUGCAAAAUAAGCUAUUCGACCGAUGUUCCUGCGACAGCAUUAAUCAGAACGCUUACAGAACAUGUGCAACCUGAAGUGGCAGCUUCUUCUGCCUUUGAGCACUAACUGUUCUUAACUCACUAACCUGGCUCGCAUUUCCCUCUCAUCUGCGCAUUGUAUCUUAAGUGCUACAGAUGAACCAUUAAUUAAUUCAUAGGUGUAAUGCCUUUCUAAUUUUAUUCUGUUUUUUUUCCCUACUUUUCAGCGAUAGAAUAAACCUCGGAGAAGGACUUUCCAGCAGUGAGUGUGCAUUUGUUUUGCAGCCUCUGGCUUAAACCUUUAAAAUAUGGUUAAUAGCGGUAUAGACUAUUGUACAAAAGAAAAGAAAGCACUCUAAAAUUCCAUUGCUAAAGUAUCAUUUUUUUUUCUUUUGUGUAUUGCAUGUUUUUUUCUCAUCUUGUAAACACAGUAGCUUUGUACUGUUUUAAGUGCUGCUGCAGGAAAAUAACUCACAAGUAUUGAAUAACUAAGUGUUCUUCAGCUGUACCUGAUCAACCUGCCAACAUAUAAUGGACAUCUACAUAACACGGGGAAGUUUUUCUUUGAUAUUUUACAGUCCAUUGUCCAGUUAUUCAGUGUUUAUCUGUUUGUUUUACUUGUGCACUUUUGAUAUUUUGAUAUUUUACUUUAGCUUUUUUAUUAAACUCAGUCUCAUACAGCACUGUUGUAUGUUCUGCAUCAAGACUCCAUUUUGUUUGGUUUCUGUUGUUUGACCACUGUAUCAGCAUGUUACAAAGUUAAUGCUAUUUUUUUCACAUACUUGUUUGGUUCUGUGAUAUUUUUAAUGUUUUCCAGUACAAACCAUGGCUCUGUUAAAAAUAUUUCCUUAUUGCUUCAGCAACAUGUAUCAAUAAUUAAAGAUUGAACUUUAUAUUUUUUACUUUUGUUUACUGCCAUGUUCUAUACAAAAUCCAGGGUGAUCAAAUUCUGGGGUUUUUCAUGUAUUUAUUAUUCUUAGGAAUAGUUCAGUAUAACAAGAAUAAAACUUGACUUUGUUCUGAUUAAAAUGGUAAUAGGCACUUGAGAAAUGUUAAGUAAUAUUACCUACAAAUUCCAGAAUGUUUGGGUUUUAAGGAACAAAGCAUUACUGAUAAACAGAAUUUUUUACAACAGUACCGAUAAAAUUCCAAAUUGGAAUUGUUUCAUUGUUUGUUUGUUGUGCCAAAUUGUGGUACAUUUAGAAGUACAAAUUAAUUGUCAAAUAUAAGGUGUCUCAUCUGUAACACCUUAUUUAAUAAUUAUUGCCAGUAGUGCCUUUAAUAAUUUAAGGGAGGAUAUUAGAAUAGUUUGGUUAUUGAAAGUAGGACAUUAUAAGGAAAAAGUUCUUUCCACUUAGCAAAUGAUAAUAUGGAGCAAUAAGUGCAAAAAUACUCCCCUUUUGCACAUUUUAAUGGUAGUCUUAUUAUAUUAAAACAGUAUUGUAUAAAAUUCUGUUUGUCAGUUGUACUUUAUCUUAUUGAUCCUUGCAAAUUCAGGGGUAAAAAUUUUGAUAAUACAUUGGGAACCAAAUGUAAUGACUGUGGGCUUCUGUAAUGAACAAAAUAAGAGGUAUUAACACAUUUGCAAAUGCAGUGCAGAAAAGAUGUUAUGGUAGCCUUGUAUGGUGAUGGUAAGAAGUUAUCUGUAGUACUAUUGGCAAAUGUGAGAAGGCGCGACAUAAAUAUCGUCUCUUGCAGAUUGUAUUUAAUCAUGUUAAUUUCAGGAAACAGAAACUAGCAACAGCAUCAACAAGCUCAGUCGCUGUUCUCUGAGGCUGCUUGUAGAGGCAAAACAAUUUGAUUAAUUGGUGCUUCUGGCAAAAUUUUAAUUGUCCAAAUUCUGCUGUUAAUUUGAUGGCAACAAAAAGGAUUUCUGUUUGCUGGAAGGGAUAGCAUUAUAUAAUUCUUAGAUGUGGGGACUUUAUUAUUGUCAUUUUCUGUUACAGUAUUGAUCCAUAUGAAAAAAGACUUGUAUGUGCUUCAUCUUUAUGUGGGUAUUUAUUUGAAAUGUCACGCAGUACUGUAUUAUGUUUUAUGUGCAUUAUCAUUAGUGGCGAGUUGAUCUCCAUUUAAUGUCAUAUGCAUGUACUCCUGCCAGGGAACCUUUACACAGAUCUGGAGGGAGUGGAAGUGAAUCAAUCAUGUCAAAAUGAUAUGUAAAACAUACAACUUAAACUCUUGAAAAAAAUUGGUAACUUUAGAAUAUAGAAUUGAUAAAGAUUUGUUCCAGAUUAAUAUUGAAUUAGAUAAAAGGUUGACUGUGUAAAGGUAAUUAAAUUGGCAGAAUUAAUAAACAUGAAAAAAAGAUA